AUGGGUGCUCCAACAUCGCGGUCAGCAACGCGUUUACCGAAUUUACCUGAUCCAGUUAACGGUAAAAUCAAAACGUAUGACUGCUCACAUCGAACCUUCACAAGACCUUACUCUGCGAAAACAGUCUACUUUUACAAAGAGGGCGAUGUUUACUUCACUGGCGUUCGUAUACCGGUAUCGAAAUCACGAUAUCGUAAUAUGGAAUCACUGUUAGAUGAUCUUAACAGCAACAUUCAAAUGCCUUUUGGUGUGCGGCGUUUGACAACACCACAUGGAAGAACGCCAAUAAAGAGCAUUGAUCAACUUCAGCAUCUCGGCAGAUACGUAGCAUCGUCAACAAAAGCACCAAGGCCUCUGAAUUUUGCAGCCAUUGAGCGAGUGCAACGAACACGUGGGGAACAGCAUCAACAAAUCCGACGGAAUCGCGUUGAAGGCACAUCAUUUUGGUUGCCGACGUCGCCCAGUUUCAAUGCUAAACUCAGGAUGUCUCGCUCGUUGGGACUGUCGUAUCUUCCUACUACAGCGAAACAGAUGUUAUUUGUGCUCAAUGGUAAGCCAUCUCGAAUCUAUCGUGCUCUUUUAAACCCGUUGAAAAUGAAAACGUUUGAUGCUUUACUUGAAGAAGUUUCUCAGGAAAACUUAAACGAUUCAUUCGUUGUGAAUUCGUCAACGUCGAAAAAACUAAUGCGCAAAGAUGAUGACGAUUCUGGUCGACCACAAUCACCAGAAGAAUUUGGUUCAGAGGCGACUUCAACACUUCAAGAUAAGCAUAAUGAUGCUAUGAACGAUGGUGAUGCAAGUCACGAGGAAGUUUCAUCAGCAAGCAAAGUGAGAGGAACAUCAAGUUCAUCGCAAGCUGAGACACUGCAUUCGAGUGAGGCAAUAAUUUUGGAGCCUGAGAAAGAUCACGAAACUGAAGAAUCCAAUGGUAACCUCAGUGAGCGCAAUGGACAUGAAUCAUCACGAACAAGUCACGAACAAGCUGAAGGAAAAUCUGAAGCAAAUUCUCCUUCAAUGCUUACUGAAACCCAAGUUGAGAACGAAAUAGGAACAGAAGAGCGACGGGAAGAGGCAGAUGAAGGUAUCGAAAGCGUUGAUUCAUCGAAAGAUGAUGAUUCCGUACGAAAUAAAGCUGCAACAAUAAUUCAAGCUUGUUUCCGAGGAUAUCUUGUAAGACGGCAAAUCAGUAAUGGUGGACCCGAUAGUGCGUUUCUACUGAACGGAUUUGGACCGGAAUUACGCUCGUUUGCAGAAAUUCGAUGUGAAAGCGAUCAGUGCACGCAAGGUAAUUCGGUGGAAUCAGACGAAGAAAAAGAUAUACGUGAAAAGGCUGCGAUCGCAAUUCAAACAGCCUGGAGGAAAUACGCGACAAGAAAAACACUUCAGUCACAAGAUCAGUGUAUGCGAUCGGUGUAUUUUGCAGCCGUUCCAGAGACUGACAGCAAAUCUACGUGCCAAAAGCAGCCCAGUGUAAUCGAUGAGGAAGAAACGAGCAAUAAGAGCGAGAAUGGAGCUGCGGUCGAAGCGGUGAAUGAGGUGGAUGCUGAAAUAGAGCAAGACAACGAAAAAAAUAACAAAACAACGUAUACCAUAUCAGUGAUUACGGGCAAUAGGUGGGCGGCAGAUACAGAUAAGGAUUUGUACAUUAUAUUGCACGGCGACUUGGAUAAAAGUGGCAAGCAUUUGUUGCGACAAGAUUAUAUUAACUGGUUACAGACAAACGAACCAAAGUUUCAACAAAAUCAUAUGGACUCGUUCCAUAUUGAAACUGCUGAACUCGGUUGCUUACAGAAGAUUGUUAUUGGUCAUGAGUGCAUUGGAUACGGUGCUGGAAUAUUUAUUGAACGUGUAUUAGUAACCGAGAACAUUGCGGAUGGGAAGCAGUUUUUAUUUCAAUGUGGUAAGUGGCUUGAUAGUGGUCAGGUUGAUGGGAAAAUUGAACGAAUCAUCAAGACGACUGCCUUUUACCAUAUUGCAUCAAUUCCAGAUGACAGUACGGCAACAAAGGGCAGAUGGGAACUGAUCUUACACACCGGUAAAAAGGAUGGCACAGGUGGCACAACUUCUAACCUAAGUGUUGUUGGAUAUGGUACAUGUGGUAGCUCGCUGACGACCAAAAUUUAUGAUAGCAAAUUAAUGACAGCUCCGUCUUGUUCCCUCGUCCAGGUUGACUUUGGUGAUAUUGGAGAAUUGUUGAAAAUUCGGAUUGAAAUUGAUGGAUCCGGGGAGUCGCCAGAUUAUUUCGUUGAUAAGGUUGAAUUGAGAGACCUAGAUACAGAAGAACGAAUGGUUUCAUACAUCGGGAAGUGGUUACGCUGGAAGGGUAAUGAGAAAUACGUACAGCCCUAUCGCGAAUUUCCAGUUUUUAGAGCAGCGUUUGAACCACUCAACUUACUCAAUUAUGAGGGUAAAAUGCGAUUAGCAUCUUCGAAUCGCCGUCAUAUUGUCAAGGAAGACGCAGAACUGCAAAUUUUCGGUGAAAUCGGUGAAACGGGCCGCUUCCCCGUGCGUUUGCAGCUUAAAUCGGAUGGAAAAAACGAAAUAGCGUUCAAAACUGAAGCUGUUAGCAUCGGGCGUAUUCAUUGUUUGAGGUUAUAUGUGACAUCAAAUGAAACUGGUUAUUUAGACGGAGUUGUGAGAGGUGAGCAGUUGUACCAAGGUUUAAGCGUUUUGCAAGCGAUUUAUGAUAAACGAGGUGUUGUUGGUAUGAAUGUUGCUGCAAAUUGGCUCGUGGAUCGAGUACUCAUAAGGGAAUCGCUUCACGUACCUUAUCGUUUCGUUCUCAAAUACUCUCGUGUUAAGGAUAUCGAAGAAGAUGGUGAAAUCUUCAAAGAAAUACUCCUUUCAGAAAUGGAAGGUUUACCAACAAGAGUUACAAAGAAGAAGGCACGUAAACGAGAUCCAGCGCGGUACAUUCUGUCGAUGACGAUCGGUGAACGCAGUACUUUUGCACCAUGCAUGCAUAUGCUUAAGGAGAAAGAAGUGGAUGUUGGUAUGAUAACAAAAGUGAGAGUCGCAGUGUGCGCCUCACAACCACUCAAUCGCAUUGUUUCCGAGAAAGUUUCGGCUUCGGAUGAAAAUGUGCUCGAAAUUCAAAAGGUUUUUUUCGAAUGCAUCCGUUUUAAAAAAAAACAAUUACAGAUGCGACUAGUCGAUACAAUAAAUGGCGAUGAACUGCGAUUCGCCAAUAUGAACACUGUGAUGACAUUCUCAUCUGUAUGUGAAUUUGCGGCUGUUUGGCCGGAUAUUCCGCCGAUGGCUUGUGAGUAG